AUGUGUGGUGUGGCCAGCAGCGCUCGGGCCGCGCCAGGUCCUACAGAGACACGGGUGGAGGCCGGGCGCUGCUCGAGGCCCACGCGAAGACCCCGGCCGCGGUCAGCAGCUGCGUCCGCCCGUUCGCGGGGCAGAUCCCGCUGUGUGAGCCCAGGGCUCGGCGGGCGGCCUGGACCUGGAGCCGACGCCCCACGGCACCGUGGCCGAGCACAUCUGCGCAGGCGGAGCCGGGUGCCCGCCUUCUGCACCCCAAGGCCUAGGGACCCUGGUCCGGGAAGGGGGUGCGCCCGUCAGCCCCUACGAGGACGGCACAUCGCCAUCGGGAGUCAGCUCUGGAGAUCGACUGGAGGCCGACCUGCGCGGCACCUCACCUUCAGGCGAAGCCCCAGAAUUUCAGCGCGUCUGUGUGCACCGCUGCAGAAACCCCGUCGUGGCGGCUGCAGAAACCUCGUGGUGGUGGCUGCAGGAAUCGUGGGUGUGGGCUUGUUUGCUCCGGAAGAUAUCCACGUGCCUAACAUUUAUGUAGACCCACUAGUACAGGGGAAAUAUGAGGAAAGAAUUGAGUGCUUAACUCUCUGGAAAGAGGGAGGUGGACAAGCCAAGCCUGCAGGUGAUAGGGUACGCCUCACCCAACGGGCAGCCCUUGAAUUUGAGGAUGGCAUGUAUGCUCAUUUGGGCAUCAGAAUCCCUCUUCUGGCCAGCAACUACAUCAGCCCAAAUGAUUUUCAUCUUCACAGUGAAAAUGGGAUCCUAGGCUUGGGUCCAUUCCCAUUAAAAGAUAAGGUGGACGCAGAUCUCAUCAAUGCAGGCAAGCAGAGAGUCAGCGUUCUUCCUAAUGGCUGUUUUGUCUCCAGUGAUGAUUUAUUCAACAUGAUUCGAGGGGGACGCAUGUACCUGAUGCUUGGAGCCAUACGGGUUUCCAAAUACGGACACCUGGCCGACUAGAUGAUACCCAAGAGAAGGUGAAAGGCUGGUGUGUGGGUGAUGGUAUCCAGCACCAAGACCAGGAUGGUGGUCACCACGGAGCACAGCACCAAGGGCCAACCCCCAAUUCUGGAGAAAUGCAUGAUGCCACUGAUGGAAUUGGUGCGCAACAGCAUCACCACCGAGGAGGCCGUGUCUGACGUGCACAGGAAGCAAGGACUGACCAUGGAGGACAUCGAAAAGAGCACUGGGUGUGGCCUCACCAUCCCCCCCUGAUCCAGACCCAUGCAGCAGAUCACAGCCAGACUCGGGGAGAAAACCUUGCUCACAGAGGGUGUGCUCAUUUCAACUUCAUAGGAUUUCAUCCAUACGAAGUCGGAGUCACAUUUAUAUAUUUCACGAGCAAUUUGCUCAGUUUCUUCUGGCAUCUCAGACAUGCUACCAUUGGAGAGACCUUGUCUUCUCAGGAGAGACAUGAAUGAAAAACCAAAGGAAAACCUGGGCAUCGGUCUUGUACAUGCUGUGCGUACUGAGAACAGUCUGCCAUCACUGAGGAUGCUGGAUGCCCCCUCUGGCUGUUAUUUCCAGUAAAUUCUGUGCAGCUUGAGAUGAUCCCGUUGGAGGGAUUUCAGUGAAGUGCCUUCCUCAGGAAUCAUGAAACAUAGGGAAAAAUGAUGAGAGAGGGAAUGACUCUGCCCAGACCCUCCCCCAUUUUACAAGGACCAUGAAAAACAGUCAAAUGUAAAUGUG